GAGUAGUUCCAAACGGUGCCGUAUUUAAACCCUCAACCUCGAGGGAAAGGCCUUAAGCGCCUCACCAACAAGGCAACAAGAAACACGACUCAUUCACACUCACACAUUUCUUCUGCUUCGUCGGAACCCUCACUUCGUUCUCCACCGAACCCUCUCUGAAGGGAAGGAAAUAGAAGCAACUGCAAUGGCUACACGGGUGGCUGCAAGGUACGGAUCUAGAAGGCUGUUUAGCAGUGGCUCUGGAAAAAUACUCAGCGAGGAGGAAAAAGCUGCAGAGAAUGCUUACUUUAAGAAAGCUGAGCAAGAGAAGUUGGAGAAGCUUGCUCGCAAGGGUCCUCAACCAGAAGCAGCAGGGUCGGGGGCUUCAGUAACUGAUGCCAAACCAAGUGGCUCAGGACAUACUGGAACAUCAGCUGACAGAGUUUCAACUGACAAGUACCGGAAUUAUGCAGUUGUAGCUGGUACAGUAACAAUUCUUGGGGCUUUGGGGUGGUAUCUUAAAGGCACUGCAAAGAAGCCAGAAGAGCAGGAUUGAGCAUCUCAGCGGUGCAUGUUCUGAUUUUGUAUUGGUUGCAGUAGUUGCACAAAAAUAAAUGACCACACCAACUCUGUUUUUAUUCCAUCGUACUAUUAUCAUGAAUUACUUUAAUAUUUCAUGUUUUACAUGUCACCUUUAUCUUCUUGAUGCUACUUAGCAUGACAGGCGUCAAAUUUGUUUUCACUAAUCACUAGUCGUUUAAACUUCAAAUGC